AGGAGUGUGACCAGCCCUGAGACUACAGGUGCAAACAAUUCACCCUAGCCUCAUUUAAUGGUUGGCAGCUGAAAAAGAAGAAUCACCAAUUGGAGAUUGCUUCCUUUGGGAGUUUACAGCGAGCCCUGAUUCUUGGAAAGGGAAUCAAUGUCUCUGACUUGAUCAACAGUCCUCUGGCUGCCGCUGGUUUGUUAAAUCUGGGAAGGUACAGAGCCAUGACGAUCCCAUGGUGGUAGCUGUUAUUCUCGAGCUGCAUUCUUCAGCUGAAUCUGGCAGCUGUAACGUGGGCAAUGAGCGAAAGGAAGCUAUGCCUGUUCCAGACCAGCCCUCGUCUUCUGAUAAGACAAGCUCCCUCAGUCCUGUGCUGAACACAUCCAACGGUGAUGGCUCUGAAACUGAGACAACGUCUGCCAUUCUAGCAUCAGUUAAAGAACAGGAACUACAGUUUGAGAGACUGACUCGAGAGCUUGAGGCUGAACGUCAGAUCGUAGCGAGCCAACUGGAGCGAUGUAAACUUGGAUCAGAAACUGGAAGCAUGAGCAGCAUCAGUUCAACAGAAGAGCAGUUUCACUGGCAAACACAAGAUGGUCAGAAGGAUAUAGAAGAUGAGCUCACUACAGGUCUGGAGCUGGUGGACUCCUGCAUUAGAUCACUGCAAGAAUCAGGGAUACUUGAUCCACAGGACUAUUCAGCCAGUGAAAGGCCCAGCCUCCUCUCGCAGAGUGCUCUGCAGCUCAACACCAAGCCUGAGGGCUCCUUCCAGUACUCAGCCAGCUACCACAGCAACCAGACCCUUGCCCUGGGCGAGACCGCAGCCGCCCCACUCCCAGCCCGCAGCACUCAACCCAGAGGUGCCAUCCAGAGCUACAGCCAGCAGGGCCCGGGGGGCCGCGGCGCCCAGCCGGGCGGCACGGAGCCGCCGCCGCCCGCCGCCCCGCAGCCGCGGGAGCCCUUCGCGCCCAGCCAUGGCAGCGCCUUCCACCUGCCCGAGCCCCAGCACGCCGCCGCGCUCUACUACGCCAGCUCCACGCUGCCGGCGCAGCGGGUGAGCUCCCCGCUGCCCAUGCAGCCCGGCGGCUCCCCCACCAAGCUGCCGCGGGCCGGCUCCGCCGCCGAGGGCGCCGCCUACGCCGGCGCGCAGCGCCUCUCCUCCCCGAAGCAGUCCCCCAGCCGCCUGGCCAAGUCCUACAGCACCAGCUCGCCCAUCAACAUCGUCGUCUCCUCGGCGGGACUGUCGCCGUCCCCCAUCCGAGUGACCUCCCCGCCCACCGUCCAGUCUAACAUUUCCUCCUCUCCUAUUCACCAGUUAAGCUCCACCAUCGGCACUUACGCCACUCUGUCGCCCACCAAGCGGCUGGUUCACGCUGCCGAGCAGUACAGCAAGCACUCCCAGGAGCUGUACGCCACCGCCACCCUGCAGAGGCCCGGCUCCCUCGCAGCUGGGUCUCGGGCAUCUUACAGCAGCCAGCACAGCCACCUUGGCUCCGAGUUAAGGGCACUGCAGUCUCCAGAACAUCAUAUAGAUCCUAUUUACGAAGACAGAGUUUAUCAGAAGCCCCCUAUGAGGAGUCUCAGCCAGAGUCAGGGGGACCCUCUGCAACCAGCACACACAGGCACAUAUCGCACUAGUACAGCCCCAUCUUCCCCUGGUGUCGACUCCGUACCCUUACAGCGCACAGGCAGUCAACACGGCACACAGAACGCAACCGCGACCUUCCAGAGGGCCAGCUAUGCUGCAGGCCCAGCCUCCAAUUACGCAGACCCCUACCGACAGCUGCAGUAUUGUCCUUCUGUUGAAUCACCAUACAGCAAAUCUGGGCCAGCCAUCCCACCUGAGGGGACCUUGGCUAGGUCACCUUCCAUUGAUAGCAUUCAGAAAGAUCCCAGAGAGUUUGGAUGGCGAGAUCCAGAGCUUCCAGAAGUUAUACAGAUGUUACAGCAUCAAUUUCCAUCAGUACAGUCCAAUGCUGCAGCCUACUUACAGCACCUCUGUUUUGGAGACAAUAAAAUAAAAGCAGAGAUAAGAAGACAAGGCGGAAUACAAUUACUGGUGGACCUAUUGGACCAUCGGAUGACUGAAGUCCACCGUAGUGCCUGUGGAGCUUUGAGAAAUUUGGUAUAUGGGAAGGCAAAUGAUGACAACAAAAUAGCUCUGAAAAACUGUGGUGGUAUUCCAGCUUUAGUACGGUUACUCCGCAAGACUACAGAUUUGGAAAUCAGAGAACUGGUCACAGGAGUUCUCUGGAAUCUUUCUUCCUGUGAUGCACUGAAAAUGCCAAUCAUCCAGGAUGCCCUCGCAGUGUUGACCAAUGCAGUGAUUAUUCCUCACUCUGGAUGGGAAAACUCUCCGCUCCAGGAUGAUCAUAAAAUACAACUUCAUUCAUCACAGGUGCUGCGCAAUGCCACUGGGUGCCUAAGGAAUGUCAGCUCUGCUGGAGAGGAGGCCCGCAGAAGGAUGAGGGAAUGUGAUGGCCUGACGGAUGCAUUGCUGUACGUGAUCCAGUCUGCUCUGGGGAGCAGUGAAAUUGAUAGUAAGACCGUUGAAAACUGUGUGUGCAUUUUGAGGAACCUCUCAUACAGGCUAGCUGCAGAAACAUCUCAGGGACAGCAGAUGGGAACAGAUGAACUUGAUGGAUUACUCUGUGGUGAUGCCAAUGGAAAAGAUGCAGAGAGUUCAGGAUGCUGGGGGAAGAAGAAGAAGAAAAAGAAAUCACAAGAUCAGUGGGAUGGAGUAGGACCUCUCCCAGACUGUGCAGAACCACCCAAAGGAAUCCAGAUGCUGUGGCACCCUUCAAUAGUCAAACCCUACCUCACACUUCUUUCUGAGUGCUCAAAUCCAGACACGCUGGAGGGAGCAGCAGGGGCACUGCAGAAUUUGGCUGCUGGGAGUUGGAAGUGGUCAGUGUAUAUCCGUGCUGCUGUCCGCAAAGAAAAAGGACUGCCAAUCCUGGUAGAACUGCUUCGAAUAGACAAUGACCGGGUGGUAUGUGCAGUUGCUACAGCUUUACGAAACAUGGCCUUAGAUGUCAGAAAUAAGGAGUUAAUAGGCAAAUAUGCCAUGAGGGAUCUGGUCCACCGACUGCCAGGCGCUAACAACAGCAACAGCUCAGCAAGCAAGGCCAUGUCUGAUGACACCGUUACUGCCAUUUGCUGCACGCUGCAUGAAGUCAUCACUAAAAACAUGGAGAAUGCCAAGGCCUUACGAGACGCAGGCGGCAUUGAGAAACUGGUUGGCAUAUCUAAGAGUAAAGGAGACAAGCAUUCGCCAAAAGUGGUGAAAGCAGCAUCUCAGGUCCUCAAUAGUAUGUGGCAGUACAGAGAUCUGAGAAGUCUCUACAAGAAGUGGGCGGCCCCAAGCUUCAGUGUGGCUGAGGACAGAGGAUUUUCACCAACCCACCACUCUGGGUCAUGGCACGCUCAGCAUACUCUCUCCCAGAGCCAAGAAACCAGAAUCUAUUCCCCAUCCCAGGACGGAUGGUCACAGUAUCACUUUGUAGCCUCAUCUUCAACGAUAGAAAGAGAUCGGCAAAGACCAUACUCCUCAUCACGCACGCCCUCCAUCUCUCCCGUGCGCAUGUCUCCUAACAACCGCUCAGCAAGUGCCCCAGCCUCACCUCGGGAAAUGAUCAGCCUAAAAGAAAGGAAAACAGACUAUGAAUCAACUGGAACAAACGCCACUUACCAUGGAAGUAAGGGAGAACACACUUCUAGGAAAGACACCAUGACAGGUUUCACUGAAGGCCUUUCUCCCUUUGUGAGCUCAUUCACCUGUUAGCAUUUCAGCAAUUAAGAAACAUUGACUACUUUGGCUAGAAUUGCACCUCUUCUUUAGUUCUCUGCAAAAUAUGUGUCGAUCUCUAUCACCCUUACACAGGCUUAUAUAACCUCUGUUGGGUAUUAUGUUAUAUUUAUACUGUGCUAAGCCUCAUAGUGUCCUCUCCACCAAAUGGUACCUUGUAAAAAUUUACAUUGAGGAGUCAUUUUGCAUUUUUUGAAUGCCUCUUGCCUUUUUCCAUUCCCUCUGCAAAGGUCUUGCUCAGAGAAUGCCAGAAUGGGUUGGUUUGGGUUCUUAAGCUCACAGGGACAGCAGAAACGUGCUGAUUAGAUUUCAAGCCAUCCAUGCUAGCAUCCACUUUCAGCACAUGACACGAAUCACACAGCAUCUAUUCUGCUAUACACCAUUGUGCAAUCACAACCUAAAGGCCAGUGUUUGAAUUUGGGUGAAAAUGUAAUGCAGAAUUAGCAAGAAAGUGAAGUCCGAAGAAGAGGAAUGACACUGAAGAGCAUAUGGAAACCACAGAAUCGAAUGUCCUGAAUCAUCUCCUGAAUCAUCAGGAUACCAGUGAAACUAAAGAAAAUUCAAUCAAGGUACUGUAUCUAAAGUAUCUAUAACAUUUUGGGUGUUUCAUAGUCAUAUGAGAGGAUUCUUUAAAACACUUCAGUGGCCAUUACUUGUGUGAUUAUAAAGGACAGCACUUAAUUUUUUUUUCAGCACUUUCAUGAAGAAGGAAUCUGAAUAAGAACUGCAGAAACAUUAGUAUUUCACCCUACCUGUGUCUGCAAAUUCAGACAACCAGAUUAUAUUUGAAAGUUCUCAAAAAUGGAUUUCCUUGUGGAAAAACUUCCUUAACUUCCUUGCACUGUUCCUGUGCUUCCUUGCAGUUCAUUACUUAUUCUUUCAUUUCUCUCUCCCCACUUCAAAAAAAUGUCUUUUUCCCCAUCUCUUAUUAUUUUACUGUUUACUGUAGUGUCUUUGUUCUCCCUUAUGUCCUUGCUAUGUCUGUGCAGUUUUAGGAACAUGAGGUUUGUGCUUUCCCAGCAACCUUUGCUCCACUGUGAUUUUUGCAUCCUGUUUUCUUUUCACAUCUGUUUGUAUUUUGUAUGUUCUUAUUGAUCUUUUGGAGAGGUUCUUAACAAGAGCACUCGAGAUUCUCAGCAUCAUGCUCAUCUAUUGGUAAUUUUUCCAACUAUUGAGCUCAGUGAGAAAAAUCAGAAACAAUCAAACUGAUAAGCUUUAUAAUGUUUUAAAAUCUUAUAGCCAUUGUAUAAAUGAAUAUGAAAUUAAUAAAUCACUUUCUUUGUCUUUCAGGUCACCAGAUCGCUGCUCAUUUGGUCAGAGCUCAAAUUGAACAUCAUUUUAAGAACAGAAAAUGACAGGAGUUGUAUUGUCAACAUUUGAUGUGAAAUGUGUGUAACAUAUCUGUAGCUGAUCAAAUAAUAAACAUUUCAUUAAAGAACAAUAUGAAACUUAUGACUUUAAUUGUGAGACAUUUUGGCCUUACUUCUGUGGUCUUUUGUAAGUUUGCAUAGCAAAUUCAUUUCAAUUCCUAUAUUUCAUUGUGUGCAUCAAAUAAUGCAUUGCAGUUAAUACCUCCACGGAGCCUAUGGGACUUAGAUAAAUGUUUUUUCAAGUCCCACCUGGCGUAUACAUAUACUGAACUGCUCUUGUGUUUUGUGCCAAGCUGAUAUAUUGCACAAAGCUUUCUUUGACUUAUAGAUUUACAGAAUGUGGAAUGCAAUAGCAGUAGUCCCAAUUUAUCUACACCUGUCUCCAUGCUCUUCUUCAAAGCUCUUCUGAGUUUAUAGUUCAAAAUUUUAUGACCUCUUGGCUAAGACUGAAAUGAAGGUUUUGUGAUGGAUUUUUGAGGUAGAAAUGCUGGAUUCCUGCCAUUGUGGAGAGCUGUUAGGAAACCUCUGGGAAAAAAUGGAGAAUCUAUGAAGUAAACAAUUUGGCUGAAAAUGAUAACUUACAUUGAUUUCACAAGAACAGCUAAAAAAUAGGGGAACAAUAUCAAAGUUUCUAUUGCCCUCCUCACUUCACAGGUUUAUGAUGCCGUGUAUAUUUACAGUCCAUCUUCUCUUUUCUGUAGAAAAUAAUAACCAAUAAUAAAAUUUUAUCACCUUAAGUAUAUUUUUAAGACAAAAACUAUUCUUUUUUUUUUUUUUUAAAGGAGCUGUAAAUGAAUGUGGUAACAUUAUUUAUGCCUUGGUGUUCUCCUUCAGAACAGAGAAGAUAAGCCUACUGUAUACUGUUAUGGGACUUUGUUGGUAUCCUCACUGAACCAGUAUGUGCAUUACAAUCUGCACCCUACAUCUUCACUUCCACCAGCAGAAAUACCUUCUGAUUAAUUUAUUAUGUUGCUUGUCAGUAAUCUUUCAUCUGUACUUUUCUUAUUUGAACUGACUUGCACAUUCUGAACACAACCCCCAACUGUUAAAAUAGCUAGAGAUACUCAGGUGACUUGAACUCAUUAUUACUUUAAGAAACCACAAUAAAACUGUAAUCUUUUGACAUGCCCUUUCACCAUAAACGCAGGUGGCGGUAGUAAUGACAGGCAGUGAUCUCUGUUAAGUGAUAUUUGUGAGACACAGAAGCAUUUUCCUUCACUGUCUUGAAUUAAAUUUUAGAAAACAGAGUCCUGUUCAUAGUAGGAAGAGCAGGUUAAGCAAUACCAGUUGAGGAUGACUGCCUCCCCAUUGAUCUUUCCUUUCUUGUGUCUGUCUGUGUUUGUGAGUGCAAAAGGUUAGCACCUUAUUAUUUCAAAGUGCCUGUAAAUGUGUUCUGAAUGGGUACUCUUAGGAGCUGGAGAUUGAAUGUUAAGCCACAAAUCAAAUGACUGAGAUACGUGGGGAGGGCUUCAAUCAAUGAUAACUUUGUCACAUAAACCAGUGAGUGACAUAAUUCUCAGAGCUGCUGGAAGCUUUGGAGAAGGUGGCUGAGGGAAACUUGUAUUAUUUUUUUUUUUAAAUCAAUAUCACCUUGAAAACUGGGGAAAAUAAUAAAGUAAGGUAUUUUUCUCUAAUGUUCUUUAUACAGCACAACCACAAACUACUGCAGGCGUAUCAUAGUAUUCACUUCAGAACUGUCACUAUUUUGCCCAGUAAGAAGUACCUUCUCAGUACUAUCUCGUGCUGUUGUUUAGAUACUGCAUAAAAUACAGACACACACACUCAUCAAUUCUGGAAUCGGUUUAUCUGCAGUGACAAUUCUCACCAUUCUGUAAGGAAACGUGUUUGAUGGAAAACCUCUGUCUCCUGCUCUUUGUACCUCUUUCCUUUGCCAUGUUUUAAAAAGGGAAUUAUUUGAUUAACUCUCUUUCUCAGGGAUCAUUUUACUAUGAUGACACAUGUAACAUCAGAUACUAGCCACCCAAAUAUUUUUCCUUUCAUCUGGCUCAUCCUCUCCCUUCUUUCUUUUAUAUUCACCCCCUGCUUUUGAACAGCAAGAGUCAGCUGCUCACUGAAGUAUGGCACAGCAGGAAUGGAGUUCCCAGGAAUGCUGCCUGCAUGUUCCGAAGCAGGUACUGGAGUGGGGCUGCAUGCAUUACUGG